AUGCGGAUUUCUUUGAUCAUCAUCGAUCAUCCUCGACUGCCCUUCCCCUUCGUCUUCAUGCCCCCCUUCCUUGACGCAGUCAAUUCGCUUGGUUUUGUUCCGAGGUGGCAACUCGUUGUCGGCUACGUUGCGCUCUUCAACGCAGUACAACAGUCCUUCGCGCGUGAAUAUGCGAGAGGGCCGGAUAUUGUUAUGCCGACGAAUACAUCUGUCCUAGAGUCGCAUACAAAGGCGUAUGGCAUAUGGACACACGCGAGUGCGCUGGUGUGCUAUAUCGCAUAUCAUAUGCGCAUAAAGGAGGUUUACGAUGUCGCACUCUACAGUUACAUACUUGCCCUCUGCACCUUUUUCUUGGAGCUUUCUGCUUGUCGCCGCGCACACAUAUUUGGCCCCAUGCUCGGCAUCAUCGUCGUAUCUGGAAGAAACCGUGAACCUAGGGUGACAUCCAAAGCGCUCAAAUGGGCUCGCGAUAUCGGUUCGAGAACAGCGUGUACCGCCGAUGCACGUUUUACCCAAGCCGCCAUCGCUGGGCCUGUAGUGACACGCCGAUUUGCCCGGGCGUAUCAGGUUGUUCUUCGUGGCGACGGGGCCACCGUGGCUGAUAGGAGCAUACCAUUUGGAUCUUCCCGAUACCGUCUGUGCAGUGUGCACUGCAUCUCUCUAAGGCCCCAAAUGGAUCGAUGCAUCGUUGUGGCGUAA